AUGGAUGCCGGUGAUAUUCCCAAAAGUCCGCUCUCCUUCUUCGACCAGCACGACCUUGAGGUAGUUGAGGGACGGCAGAUGGCCGUGAAGAUCGUCGUCGACCUCUGUGCCCGCUUCCUGACUCUGGCCGACCACGUGGUCGACGUAUUGGCCGGAUCCGGAGUAGUUGGGAUCAAGCUGGCGAAUCGCGGAUUUCACAACGUGCAUGCCCACGAGGUGUGUCCCCAGUUGCUAGAGUUGCUCCGACAGCGACACUGCUACCGAUCCUACAUCCUCGGUACCCUGAAACCCGAAAAUUGCCCCGUGAAGUUCAACGCCGCUGUUUUGUACUGUUCAUUCGCUCCCGGUCACCUGACCGCAGCCAACCUCGACGACGUCGUAAAAAUGGUGAUAAAGGGUGGCUUUGUGAUAAUGUGCAUCCGGGAACUGUGGCUGCAGGGGCCACUGCUAACUCCUUACAACUGGGACUGCGACCUGUCUGAAAAGAUGAUCGAAUUGGAACGAAACCAAGUCUGGGAAUUGUGCCAUGAUGAACGACGGCACGAGUUCUGCGGUGGCUGUGCUGCGUUGUUUUAUGUUUACAAAAUUCUCUAG